AAUUCCCUUCGUUUUCUCUCUUUAAACCGUUCAUUUUCCACGAACUAUUCUCUCUCUAAGAUCCCUUCCUUGCCAUUGUUUGCUCCUACCCUUUUACUUGAUCGCUUCAAGUUAAAGUGAUCAUUUAGUCAUCUCUAAAGCUGUAUUUUGCUAGUGUUUUUGCUCUGCAAUGGAGUUCUGACUUAUGUUGAUGAGAUUCCCAUUUGAGCCCUAGAAACAAAUGGAUAAGAAAGAGCAUAUUGCAAUUUUUACUACUGCUAGCCUUCCAUGGUUGACAGGAACAGCCGUGAAUCCGCUGUUUCGUGCUGCAUAUCUCUCGAAAAAUGGGGAAAGAGAUGUCACCUUGGUGAUUCCUUGGUUAUCUUUGAAAGAUCAAGGACUACUGUAUCCCAACAAUAUUACAUUUUCUUCACCCUCCGAGCAUGAGAAGUAUAUCCGCCAAUGGGUUGAGGAUAGAGUUGGAUUUACAUCUGGUUUCAGCAUACAGUUUUAUCCUGCAAAGUUUGCUAGAGAUAAAGGGAGCAUUCUUGCUGUUGGAGAUAUUUCAGAAAUUAUCCCUGAUGAAGAGGCAGAUAUUGCUGUUCUAGAGGAGCCUGAGCACUUGACAUGGUAUCACCAUGGUAAAAGAUGGAAGACUAAAUUCAGGCUAGUUAUAGGAAUAAUUCACACAAAUUAUUUGGAAUAUGUGAAGAGAGAGAGGAAUGGAACCAUGCAAGCAUUUUUGCUGAAAUAUUUAAACAACUGGGUGGUUGGUAUAUAUUGUCACAAGGUAAUUAGACUAUCUGCUGCCACCCAGGAUUACAGUGGGUCCAUCGUUUGUAAUGUUCAUGGAGUUAAUCCAAAAUUCCUUGAGAUUGGCAAGAAAAAGAGGGAGCAACAACAGACGGGAGACCAGGCCUUUACCAAAAGUGCCUACUUUAUUGGGAAGAUGAUAUGGAGUAAAGGCUAUAAAGAAUUGCUGCAACUUCUUAGAAAUCAUCAAAAGGAAUUAGCUGGGCUUGAGGUUGAUUUAUUUGGCAGUGGAGAGGACUCAGAUGAAGUUCAGAAAGCUGCAAAAAAGUUGGAACUGGCAGUUAGAGUUCACCCAGCUCGUGAUCAUGCUGAUGCUCUCUUUCAUGAUUACAAACUGUUUCUUAAUCCGAGCACAACAGAUGUGGUUUGCACAACAACAGCAGAAGCUUUAGCAAUGGGCAAAAUCGUUGUGUGCGCGAACCAUCCCUCAAAUGAAUUUUUCAAACAGUUCCCAAAUUGUUGGACCUACGAUGACAGUGCUGGAUUUGUUAAACUCGUUCUAAAGGCACUGGCUGAAGAGCCUGCCCAGCCUACCGAUGCUCAGAGAUAUGGCCUUUCUUGGGAGGCUGCCACAGAACGGUUCCUUAAGGCUGCUGACCUGGACAAGCCAUUAGAAAGAAAAUUGUCUAGAAGUUCUUCAAACUUUAUGGCUACCUCGAUGAAUUUGCACCAGACAGUAGAGGAUGCAUCAGCAUAUAUACAUCAUGUAGCUUCUGGAUUUGAAAUAUCAAGAAGAAUAUUUGGUGCUAUUCCAGAUAGCUUGCAACCGGAUGAACAGCAACGCAAGGAGCUUGGGUUGACUAAUGCUGCCGGGGAACAAGGUUAAAAAGAUGAUAUUGGGAUGCAAUGAUAUUAACAUUAGUAUAAUUUUUUUUUUGUUUUGUUCCUAAAGGUUCAGAAAAUUGAUUUCUUUCUAGCCACAUAGAAAAAUGUAUGGUGCCUGGAAAUAUGUAAAAGGCAUCCCUGUGUAGCUUCAAGCAUGUUUAAAAUUAGCCCAUUUAAGUCAAAGCUUCUAUUGGUGUAAAUGAUAGAGAACAUGACAAUAUUAUCUGUGUCAUGACCUGUAUUUCCAUUUGUUUGUUCUAAUAAGUUAAACCCCAAACCCAUCUCAAGAACUUUGCUUUAGGAAUUUAGUGGAAAGAUGAUGGAUGCUUGGAAUCUAGAGUUGGCAUAGUAAGCUAUAGACUAUAAGCCAACUUAGAUUAACCCCACAAUUUCUCUGUUUUUGUUCUUUGAUCAGGUGUCUCCAUAGGUAUAGAAUUGAGAUUAGUCCUCAGGUUAGGGGUAGUGUUAGGUAAAAUCUUUUCAAGAGUACCAACUGCAGGAUUUGAAUCCCUUAACAUUGUAUAUGAAGUUGCCUAGAGUCAUAAUCUCCUUUCAUUGUGAUUAACCAAUGUUGAGUAGGGUUAGCUUACUUUGAGAAUUAAAUUUGUUAAACUUUUAAUUUUUUAUUGAUUACUAUUUGAGAUCUAAUUAUGU